CUGGGGUGAAGUUUUGUCAUGGCUGCUGCGGUCCGGAUAGGCCGCACUCGGCGUUUCGCCGUCACACUGGGGAAAGUCAGGGCUAAUCACACAUCAGCGCUCAAAUCACAGUAUGACGCUAUUGUCAUCGGCGGAGGACACAAUGGGCUUAUUGCUGCAGCCUAUCUUCAGAAAGGAGGUCUGAAAACGGCUGUUCUGGAACGCAGGCACGUGCUUGGAGGAGCCGCGGUAACCGAGGAGAUUAUUCCAGGGUUUCAUUUCUCUCGGGCGUCCUACCUGCUCAGUUUACUGCGACCUCACAUUUACCAGGACCUGGACUUAAAGAAUCAUGGACUCAAAGUGUACAUGCGGGACCCCCAUGCGUACACCCCCAUGCUGGAGGAAGGAGUGGGGGGGCAGCUGCCUCGUUCUCUGCUGCUUGGCGGUGACCUGGCAAAGAACCAACAGGAGAUCGGCAAAUUCUCACAGAAAGAUGCAAAGAUGUUCCCCGCCUUUCUGACUCACUUGGAGAAGUUAGCAAGUGCCAUACACCCGUUACUGGACGCCCCACCUGUGAACAUCCCAGGAGUGACACAGGGUUCUCUGAGGGAACGAUUAGCAGCCCUGAAAAGUUUAAAACCUCUGGUGAAAUCUGGGAUGAGACUGGGAAGGAACAUUCCGGAUUUCUAUGAACUGAUUACAGCACCAAUAUUGAAGGUCCUGAAUCGCUGGUUUGAGUCCGAACCACUGAGAGCCACUCUCGCCACUGAUUCUGUUAUAGGAGCCAUGACAAGCCCCAGCAGCCCCGGCAGUGGGUAUGUUCUGCUGCACCAUGUGAUGGGGGAGGUCGAGAAGGAAAAGGGCGCGUGGGGUUACGUGGAAGGGGGAAUGGGUGGCGUCUCCAAGUCCAUCGCUAGUUCGGCCCGAUCUCUCGGCACAGACAUUUUUACCGAGCAGGAUGUUGGACAAAUUCUUGUUGGUCAAGAUGGUUGUGCCAAGGGAGUGGUGCUGAAGGAUGGUACUGAAGUUCGGAGUAAAGUGGUUUUAUCUAACGCCACUCCUUAUGUCACUUUUAGACAGCUCACUCCACAGGACGCUCUCCCCGAAGACUUUAUCACAGCGAUAAAUCAAAUUGAUUACACAUCUCCUGUCACUAAGAUUAACGUGGCUGUGGACAAACUGCCGAAUUUCCUGGCAGCUCCAAACACUGCUGAUGGGAAGCCAGGUCCACAUCAUCAGUGCUCGAUUCAUUUGAACUGUGAGAGCGUGGAUGUCCUGGAGGCUGCAUACAGGGAAGGCCAACGGGGACACCCGUCAUCCAGACCUAUGUUGGAGAUGACCAUACCCUCUGUGUUAGACCCCACUUUGGCGCCCCCUGGUUGUCAUGUGGUCUCCAUUUUCACGCAGUUCACACCUUAUUGGCUGGAAGGGGGGCGUGCAUGGACUGAUGAAGACCGGGAGAAGUUUGCCAAUACAGCCUUUGACUGGAUUGAUCAGUAUGCACCUGGAUUCAAAAAAUCAAUAGUGGGCAAGGAUAUCUUGGCACCGCCCGAUCUAGAGAGGAUAUUUGGGCUUACCGGAGGGAAUAUAUUCCAUGGCGCAAUGUCUCUGGACCAGCUGUAUCUGGCACGGCCUUUGCCCUGCAUUGCAGAUUACCGUUCACCAAUCAAAGGACUGUAUCUAUGUGGUAGUGGAAGUCAUCCAGGUGGAGGUGUAAUGGGGUCUGCUGGCUGGAAUGCUGCCCUGACGGUUCUACGUGACCUGAGACGAGGUUGAAGUGACUGAACACGCAGACACAAAAUCCCGGAAAUCUACUCCGUGUGGAGCUGCUCUAACAAACAAGUGCGACAGGUGUUCCACCGUACGUCACCUGUUACCAUACAGGAGGAAUGUCAUUUUUCAGGGAGCCCUCAGUGAAGAAAGUCAGAUUACGAUUCAGUUUAUGUGCAUGAAGUCACUUCUCUAAAGGCUUAUAAAGCCUGCAAUAACUCAAGAGAUGGAAAAUGUCAACAAGCGUAAUGUUCCCUUUUGUGAAAGUUGAGGAUUUAUUGACUCUUGAGUGUAACAGAAUAUUAGAGCCAAAGCAGAUGCCUUUGAAUCCUUCUCUUAUGACUGAAAAUGCCUAAGGUGCACUUCUGUGUUUCUGAUGAAAGGUUUACAAACGUUUGUGUUAUGCUUUAAAUUCCAACAUUUGUUAUAAAUGCUAGGGGGUACGUUUCAAAUUUGAUAAAUCGACCUGCAAGAAUAAAAGCAAUGAAAUCUU